AUGUUUGGGGUUACUUCCAAAAUUGGUUUCAAAACUUCAUCACUGCCAGAAGAUUCUCUAGAAAAUAUUUCGACUGAAGAAGAUUUGGAAGUAGAAGAACAAAUAGAAGAAACCCAGUCAGGUCCUGAUUCUGAACAACGUGAAGAAGCAGAAGUGGACGGACCAAAUGAGCUUCUAAUACCACAAGAACCAGAAAAACCUGAGCAACCAUCAGCAUGCGGUUUAGUACCUUGGCAUCUAACGGUAGUUAAAAUACCAGAAGUGUCAAAACAUAAGGCCCAGCAUCCAUUUCAACAGUUGCAGUCUGUUGGUGUCCCUCAUGAUACUUUCCUUAAGACACUUGAGAAAAAAAUAGGACUAGCUAAAAUGCAAGAAUUUGAAAAAAAUGUAGGAGACUGGCGAGGUGAUAUAAGGGAUUUUUCUUUAUAUCACUUGUGGCUUAAUGAAAAACAAUCUAACAUUCAGAAAUCUAGAGAAUGUAUGAUGGUUCAAAAUCCAGAACAGCAGGAGGAACUAAGGGGUCUUAGUGUUUCCCCAACUCAAGAUGAUCAGUUAGCGGGCCCUUCUACAGCACCAUAUUAUGCACCAGAUGCUUUGAUUGAUGCUGGUAUGACUUCGUCACCUCCUCCACCCAUUGGUCAUUCAUCUGGAUCCAAAGUAGACCCAAUGGUACCUUCUCCAUUUAAAAGAACUCUGUUUUGGCCUGGUGAGACUUCAGAAGAUAAAAAAAAACGAUCAAAAAAAGAAAAGCUGCCAGCGGUAGUUACUUCUCCUCAAAUGCUUGCCUAUUUUGCAAAAAAGGAUGAAGCUAAAAAAAGGUUAGAGGACGAGAAGCAAAGAAGAAAAUUAAUACGUGAAACCAAAAAGAAAGAAGCCGAAGAAAAGCGCAAAUUAAAACAAAAGGUUGUAGUACAUUCAUCUCCAUCUAGUUCUUCUUCUGAAUCAAUCAUUUAUGAAGAGUCAGGGAUGUCUUCUUUUGAUUCAGAAAGUAGUGAGGACGAAAAUACUGAAUUAGUCAGCCAGAGUACAAUUAAGGAAGGAGACUUUAUAAUUGGCCAGUUUUUAAUGGGUAAGAGGGAAACAGCUGUAUACCAGUACUUAUGCAUAGUACAACAAAAAGGGCCUGAACCAGGAGAGUUUCUUGUCCAAGGCUUAAGAAUUAAUCCUGGAGGUUUUGAUGAAAGUUUAUGGUUUCAACAGGAUAUUGCGCCUCCGCAUUAUGCUGUAGAUGUUCCAAGGUACGUAGACGAAAUUUUUCCGAACAGGUGGAUUGGAAGACGUGGGAGUGUGAAAAUUUAA